UCCUCCAUGGUGGCUGCUGCUAACAACCUGGCCUUGUUGGUUUUCCAGCGGUGAAUUCCUCCGACUUGAUCAUCAGUCCUCUGGAUCCUCAGAACGCAGACCGAAUCCGAGUGAAGAUCGCGGACCUGGGAAACGCCUGCUGGGUGCACAAACACUUCACGGAGGACAUUCAGACCCGGCAGUACCGAGCUCUGGAGGUUCUGAUUGGAGCCGAGUACGGACCGCCGGCGGAUAUCUGGAGCACCGCCUGCAUGGCCUUUGAGCUGGCAACAGGAGACUACCUGUUCGAGCCUCAUUCCGGAGAAGACUACACCCGGGAUGAAGAUCACAUCGCUCACAUCAUCGAGCUGCUGGGGCCUAUCCCUGUGCCGUUCGCCCUGUCUGGCAGGUACUCCAGAGAGUACUUCGACAGAAGAGGUGAGCUGCGGCACAUCUCCAGCCUGAAGCCCUGGGGUCUGUUUGAGGUCCUGCUGGAGAAGUACGAGUGGUCUCUGGAUCAGGCGGCAGCCUUCAGCGACUUCCUGCUCACCAUGCUGGAGCUGCAUCCGGGGCGGCGAGCGACGGCGGCGCAGUGUCUGCAGCACCCGUGGCUGCAGGCAUGAGCACACAUGCACACGUGCACGCUCACUGUUUGACUGUUCGGUGUGUUAGGUGCCCCCCCCUCCCCUCCAAGAUCUUCCAGUUCCUCCUGCUUCAAACUUUCCAUCCGCAGCUGCCCCCCCCUCCUCCAGUCAUAGUGCCUUUAAUGAAGCAGCUUUUCUACCUGUCUGUGAAAAUAAAGAGAAAAUCUCACCUG